AUACAUAUGUGUGUGUGUAAGCUUGUGUGUGCUUUCAUAUUUGUCCACGCUCGAAUUCUCUUUGUAAUUCGCUCUCCUUUUGCUGCACUCAUCAAAUAGCGGGCGGCUUUACAAUAUCUCAAUUCAGUUGCAAAAAGUACAGUUGGCAGGAAACGUACGAUAACGAAAAAUAUGUUGGACUUUUACUAUAUGCUAUAUUCGGCGCCCUGUCGCUCCAUUCUGAUGUUGGCGCAGGCUCUGGGCAUAGAGCUGAACAAGAAGCAAGUGGAUCUGGAUGCAGGAGAUCAUUUGAAGCCCGACUUUCUAAAGCUGAACCCACAGCACACGAUUCCCACAUUAGUUGAUGGCGACUUUGCGCUGUGGGAAUCGCGUGCCAUACUGUUAUAUCUGGUGGAGGCCUACGGCAAGGAUGACGCCUUGUACCCCAAAGAUCCGAAACAAAGGGCCGUCGUGAAUCAUCGUUUGUUCUUCGAUCUGGGCACAUUGUACCAGAGCUAUGUCUACUACUACUAUCCUCAAUUGUUUGAGGAUGUCAAAAAGCCAGCUGAUCCUGAAAAUUUUAAAAAAAUUGAAGCAGCUUUCGCCGCGUUCAAUACAUUGUUGGAGGGCCUCAAGUAUGCAGCUGGCGAUAAGCUCACUGUGGCCGAUUUCCCGCUCCUAACAACCGUUUCGACCUUCGAGGUGACUGGCUAUGAUUUCAGCAAGUACAGCAAUGUAACCAAGUGGUAUGAAACAGCCAAGAAAGAAGUGCCCGGCUGGGAGGAAAACUGGGAGGGCUGCUUGUAUUACAAGAAAUUGUAUUUGUCGGAGCUAUAAUUAGAGUGCCAGAUA